ACCGGUCGCUCCCCAGGCAUCGACGGUCCCGGGAGCGGAGCAGCGCGGCGUUCCGGUGCAUCCUGACUGCCCUGCCAAGUCCUGACAGGCAAAACGACACAGAGAAGAUGGACUGGGGAACGCUGCAGGACGUUUUAGGAGGUGUAAAUAAGCACUCCACCAGCAUCGGCAAGAUCUGGCUCACAGUCCUGUUCAUCUUCCGUAUCAUGAUCCUCGUUGUGGCUGCAGAGAAAGUCUGGGGAGAUGAACAAGAUGACUUUGUCUGCAACACACUACAACCUGGUUGUAAGAAUGUUUGCUAUGAUCACUUUUUUCCCAUCUCUCACAUCAGACUCUGGGCCCUGCAGCUGAUCUUUGUUUCCACACCUGCGUUGCUGGUGGCCAUGCAUGUAGCUUACAGAAGGCAUGAGAAGAAAAGGCGAUUCAGAAAUGGAGAGAAAAUUGAUAUUGAAGAGCUGAAAAACGAAAAGGUUCACAUUCGUGGGCCCCUGUGGUGGACCUACACCAGCAGCAUCUUCUUCAGGAUUGUCUUUGAAGCAGUCUUCAUGUACGUGUUCUAUUACAUGUAUGAUGGGUACCAGAUGCCUCGCCUGCUGAAGUGCGAUGCAUGGCCCUGCCCCAACACAGUGGAUUGUUUUGUGUCACGGCCCACUGAGAAAACCAUGUUUACUGUUUUCAUGCUUGCUGUGUCUGGGAUCUGCAUGAUGUUAAAUCUGGCCGAGUUGGCUUACCUAGCGAUAAAAAUUUGCAUGAAAGAAUCCAGGAAAACAACUGUCUUAAAAUAAUUUCCCAGCUUUGGGAUUUCCUGGCUCCCCAUUUCCCUCCAACUUUCUUAGGUGUCAGAAAACAAUCAGCAAUAUUUUCACACUCAAGGAAAAUAAUAAAAUUAAUAUUAACUCAAGUUCAAAAACUAUAGUCUCUCUGGGAAGCUGCCACUGAGGCAGGUUUUAAAGAUCAUAAGCUAAUUCAAGUGUCCUGCAUCUACAAAUAGAGAGAGCAGCCUUCUGACAAGUAUGCCUACUGCUGAGGCACUUCUGUUGAGACAGUCACUUUUCCAGAAGUGGGAGUGGAAAGGCCCAGAGGAAAACUUUAGAGCCCCAAAUGAGAGCCAGGAAUCACAAAUAUGUCCAUUUCAGAGGCCAGGCAGCAACAACAGUUUUCAUUAAAAAGCGGGAUGGAGUCUUUUUGGGAAGAACUAGUGUCUUAUGAAAAGGAAGAACACAGAAAUAAUAAUGUCUCUAGCAAACGUCCUGUUGUCCCUAUAUUCUGGAGCAGGGAAAGGGCCUAGCAGCACAGGUAUUCCACGGCAAUGCAUGCUAUCAGCUCUGCUAGGCACCAGAAAUGUUUUUAUCUUUAUAUCUCCUCACUUGCACUAAGGAGAAUCUCCUCCUGGGAGAGGACAGUCUCUACUGCUUGGGAAUAGCAUUAGGUCACUGCUGCCUCCCUUCACUCACAGGAACUGCUGCAGUGGGAUGAAUGAAGUUUGUUUUUUCAUUCUCUCGAUCAAGUGAAAAAAAUGUAUUGUUACAGUGUAACUGUCUUCCUCCUUGUUCUACCCCAGCAUUUUGUGAAGAAUUUCAGUACAGCAGGUUUUAUUUAAAGAGGCUUUUUAUCACUUGACUGUGGCUCCUUCAGCUGUGUACCUUUUAAAAGCCAGAAAAAACCCUCAUUGUUUCAUUCUGUAUUUUAUUCAAAAGAAGUGCUUCAGCUUGCAGUAUUAUAUGCAGUAGAUUGCACCUAUGAAUAUUCCAUUAGUUCCUUUUCCUUAUUCAGCCUGCAUAGCUUCUCUUCACAAGGCCUUCUCACUAUCUGAGGUAAGGUUCAAGUGAGUCCAUCAAACCACUCCCAAUCUCUCUGACAUUCUACACUGUGAGACUGAUUCAUCCUUCCUUUUCCUCUGGCAGUUCUACUAGGAAUUGCAGACAACUUGCAGAGUUUAGAUAGCAAAGAGACCGAAUCAGAAAUGAGGAGGAAUUUGAUAUUUUUCUGAAAGUUCACAUUGCUGAGCUGUGAACUGUAUAUUGCUAACUUUAAGAACUAUGUGAGCCAAUCUGGUCAUGUCUCUCUGCAGUCUCAAAAUGUCUUUUAUGCCUGUCACAGGCAGCUACACCAGCACAUACAGCAACACAGCUGCCGUCCCAAGUGCCUGCCCAUUGAGCCCACUUCUAGGAAGCUGGCUAUUGCUUAUUGACAACUGUCUUUUCUCCAGAGUGAAUGAGUGCUAUCUCAGCUUCUGUUUGCAUGUCUGUUGCUCCACAUUCACAUCUAUCGCUGGUGGAGUAAACAAAGCUACAAGAAUGAAUACCCAUGACCCCUCACUGUGCACUGAAAGUGGAGUGUAAGCAGGCUUGCACUGCUUGUGAACUGCACCCAGUGUUACAACUUGACUGCAGAUGGAAAUCUGUCAUCCAAGAGGAGAGCAAGAAAACCAUAAAUGCACCAUCCUCAGAACCAUAAACAAAAAGUUGAAAAGUUGCUAAUAACAAGUUGAACUGGAAACUUGAACUGUGAAAACAUCCUUAAUUCAACACUAGAUGACAAAGCUUGGCACAUAUCAGAUGUGUCCUUUGUAAACUUCCUGCAUUGUUCUGUGUACAAGUAUGAAGAGAACUAUCUGCACUCCCCAGUGCUCUAGCAUUACAUUUCUUUUGUAACAACAGGGCUUUUUCCUGGAAUUAAAGCACUCUUGUGGUGUCUCUUUUCUGUAUUA